AAAUGGACCAAUUAUGACAAGCUGUAGUGCUGUAACGUGCCUGAUGGGAUGUGUUCAGUCAUGGCAUCCGAACUUUGUAAGACAAUCUCUGUGGCAAGACUGGAAAAGCACAAGAAUUUGUUCUUGAAUUAUAGGAAUCUGCAUCAUUUUCCAUUGGAGUUACUGAAAGAUGAGGGAUUACAGUACUUGGAGAGACUCUAUAUGAAAAGGAACUCCCUUACAACCUUGCCAGAAAAUCUUGCUCAGAAGCUUCCAAACCUUGUGGAACUGUAUCUUCAUUCAAAUAACAUAGUUGUGAUUCCAGAAGCCAUUGGGUCCCUUAUAAAACUCCAGUGUCUGGAUCUUAGUGACAAUGCCUUAGAAAUUGUUUGCCCAGAAAUCGGUCGCCUGAGAGCUUUACGUCAUCUUCGAUUAGCUAAUAACCAACUACAGUUCCUACCUCCAGAAGUUGGUGAUUUGAAGGAACUGCAAACACUAGACAUUUCUACCAAUCGUUUGCUAACUUUACCGGAGCGGCUUCACCUGUGCCUUUCUCUGCAGUACCUAACGGUAGACCGAAAUCAUCUAUGGUGUGUACCGCGUCAUCUCUGCCAGCUUCCCAGCCUCAAUGAGCUCUCCAUGGCUGGAAAUCGUCUUGCAUUUUUGCCACUUGAUUUAGGUCGGUCUCGAGAACUACAAUACGUGUACGUGGAUAACAACAUUCACCUGAAAGGUUUGCCAUCCUAUCUGUACAAUAAAGUCAUCGGGUGCAGUGGCUGUGGUGCUCCCAUUCAAGUUUCAGAGAUGAAAUUGCUUUCCUUUUCAUCGGGGCAACUAACCGUUUUCCUCCCAGCGGAGGUGAAGUCCAUAGGGACAGAGAAGGAUCACGUGCUGCCUCUGCAAGAGUUAGCCAUGAGGAGUUUGUAUCGCACCUAUCACCAGUUUCUAAAAGAUUUGAACUUUCUGUCUCCGUUCUCGCUCCCCAGAAGUUUUCUGGAGCUGUUGCACUGCCCCCUGGGGCACUGUCAUCGGUGCAGUGAGCCCAUGUUUACCAUUGUCUACCCCAAGCUCUUUCCCUUGAGAGAGACGCCGAUGGCAGGGCUGCAUCAGGGGUAA